AGACCCAAACAAAACAACAUCCACCGACGUGUUUGUGUGUGUGCGCGCAGUAGAUUUAGAUUUCGAGGGCUAAAACUUUGUGUGUGCCAGAUUCACUUAGCUCUCUCAUCCUCCUCCCUCUGAUCCCGCCGCCACAAACCUUGUAGCUCUCUGCCGAUAGCUCUAACUGUUAUUAGCCCCGGUAACAAGUAGCUGAGGAAUAACAAGACGUCCUGAUGAUGAUGAUGACUUCACUCGGUGGUGGCGGUGGUAACGGUAACGAUGGUGGUGGAGGAGGAGGGAGAUUUAUGACGUAUCCGCCGCCUCUUUCCGUGCCUCCAUCGGCUCCUCAGUCACCUAACUUCUCUGGUGGUCUCCGAUCACAGUCUUCUUUCCUCGUCGAGCAAGAAAAGUAUCUUUCUGAAUUACUUGCAGAGCGCCACAAGCUUACUCCCUUCUUGCCUGUGCUCCCACAUGUCUGCCGUCUCAUGAACCAAGAAAUAUUGCGUGUAACCACGCUGUUGGAGAAUGCCUUAACUCAGAGUAGGUUUGACCACCCUAGCCCUCUGUCUUCUUCUGGAGGGAUAUUUCAGAAUUCAAGAGCUGACAUGAACGGAGGAUGGCCUUCACAGUUUCCAUCAGAAAGAUCGCUUUCAUCAUCUCCAGCACCAAACUGGCUAAACUCUCCUGGUGGCUCGUCCGGUCUCAUUGUAAAACGAUCGAUCAGGGUGGAUAUUCCAGUCGACCAAUACCCAAACUUUAAUUUUGUUGGCCGCCUCUUGGGACCUAGAGGAAACUCCCUCAAACGAGUUGAAGCUAGCUCUGAAUGCCGUGUUCUGAUAAGAGGGAGAGGCAGUAUUAAAGAUCCAGUCAAGGAGGAUAUGAUGAGAGGGAAACCAGGGUAUGAGCAUUUGAAUGAACAACUCCACAUCUUAGUCGAGGCAGAGUUGCCUAUUGAGAUAGUGGAUGCACGUCUCAUGCAAGCUCGUGAGAUUCUAGCCGAUCUACUUACUCCAGUGGAGGAGACACAUGAUUUCUACAAGAAACAACAGCUCAGGGAACUGGCGCUUCUCAACGGUAGUAUAAGAGAAGAAGGGUCUCCCAUGUCAGGUUCAGUCUCUCCUUACAAUAGCCUCGGCAUGAAGAGAGCCAAGACUAGGGACUAAAUAAAACAACAAGUCAUCUCACCUUUUCAACAAGGUAUUAAUAUAUUGCACCAUAACCACUUCCUUCUUCAAACAAGAAGGCUUCUGAAGGUUCUGCCUCCAUCUCAUCCUACCACUCCUCAAGGCUACCGGUACUGUCUCUUAUCCUUGGAAUUAAAAAAAAAAAAAAAAAAACCCUUCGUACGCGUCUAUGUCUGUUUAUUUAUGUGUCCCGGAGAGAGUUCAGAUGACAGAACUGAACUAUAAGAGUUUGUAUCUGUGUAUCUCUGUCUCUCUCCGAGGUUAGUUUUGGCUUUGCUUUUGUUCUUUUGGUUCAGUGGAGACUACUACUAACAAGCUUUGUUGCUUAACAUAAUGGUUUGUGUGUUUGGUAAUGAAUUAUUCUGUUUGCAUUAA